GAGGAAGAGACUCGAACAGACCCAGUUGGGUGGUGUUUGUGUCCUCAUCACAAUUCACAUGGCAGCCGCUGGAGUUGUAUCCCCCAUAUCUUCUCUUGGAACUGUGGGAGCACGUUUACUGCCUCUCCGGCAAACUUUUUUAACCAGGAGAACUUCUUCUCUUCUACCUUAUUCUGGAGCGAAACUCACAAAAGCUACACCAGCUGCAAGGACGUUUGUAAUUAGGGCUGCAAGAACGGAGUCCCAAGGGGUCUCACUAGGAUUUAGAGCUCCCGACUUUCAGCUUCCAGAGCCUCUGACUGGGAAAAUGUGGGGAUUGGACGACUUCGAAUCAUAUCCCGCCUUACUGGUUAUGUUUAUUUGCAAUCACUGCCCAUUCGUAAAACAUUUGAAGAAAGACUUUGUGAAACUUGCAAAUUUCUAUAUGAAGAAGGGACUUGCAGUCAUUGCUAUCUCAUCAAAUUCUGUGGUGACUCACCCACAGGAUGGACCUGAAUUCAUGGCAGAAGAAGCUAAAUUAUUAAAAUAUCCUUUCCCUUAUCUCUAUGAUGAGUCACAAGAAGUUGCACAGGAUUUUAGAGCUGUUUGUACACCAGAGUUUUUCCUUUUCAAAAAGCAGGAUGGUCGAAGACCAUUUGAGCUGGUCUACCAUGGGCAGUUUGAUGAUUCACGACCAAGUAAUAAUGUACCCAUUACAGGAAGGGAUUUGAGCUUGGCAAUAGAUUGUGCUCUCAGUUGCCAACCAUUAUCAUUUGUGCAAAAACCUAGUGUUGGAUGCAGUAUAAAGUGGCAUCCACAUAAGAGCCUGUAACCUAUACCAACUUGUUUCAUUUUAUCCAUUACCACAUUCUCAGAGAAAAAAAUUGUGCUUUGAGUAUUCUUCAGGUUGUGAAAGGAUGGUGUAUAAUGUCCUCAUCUUGUUUGACAGCACUUGAGAAGGUUUACAUCUCUAAUAACCUUGGAUGG